UUUUCAGUCCAUCGGUGAAGUAGAACUCGACAAUGUAAUUGAAAAUGUCAUUGAUGCCGUUGAAAAACAGCCUUUGUCAUCUAAUAUGAUUGAACAACCCACAGUGGAAGCAGCCGUCCAAGAAUGUAGCCAGGCACCGGAUGAAACUAUAGAAAAUGUUUUUAGCAUUAUUGGAGCCUUUGAUAUUCCACGUUAUAUUUAUAAUUCAGAAAGAAAGAAGUUUCUACCCCUGUCAAUGACCAACUUUCCUGUACCAAAUUUAUUUGGAACUGCCAGGGAUAAAGCAGAGUUGUUUCGUGAACGUUACUACAUCUUACAACAGAGGACUCACAGACAUGAGUUGUUUACUCCUUCAGUGGUCGUUGCUCAUCCUGAUGACAGUGGGAGCAAAUUCCAGCUUAAAACCAUAGAAACUCUGUUGGGCAAUACAGCUAAAGUGGGAGAAGUGAUUGUGCUUGGGAUGAUAACUCAGCUCAAGGAGGGGAAAUUUUUCCUAGAAGACCCUACAGGAGUUGUCCAGCUAGACCUUAGUAAAGCACAGUUCCACAGUGGUUUAUAUACUGAAUCAUGCUUUGUUCUGGCAGAAGGUUGGUAUGAAGAUGAAGUUUUUCAUGUGAACGCUUUUGGAUUUCCGCCUACUGAGCCUUCUGCUACCACUAGAGCCUUCUAUGGGAAUGUAAACUUCUUUGGAGGGCCUUCUUCAGCUUCAGUAAAGGAUUCUGCAAAGCUAAAGCAGCUGGAGGAUGAAAACGAAGAUGCCAUGUUUGUAUUUCUUUCUGAUGUAUGGCUGGACCAAGCAGAAGUACUGGAGAAGCUUCACACAAUGUUUACGGGUUAUUCCUCUGCACCUCCAACCUGCUUUUUCUUUUGUGGAAAUUUUUCAUCUGCACCGUAUGGAAAAAAUCAAAUUCAGUCACUGAAAGGUUCUUUAAAGGCUCUUGCAGAUAUUAUAUGUGAAUAUCCCAGCAUUCAUAAAAGUAGUCGAUUUGUGUUUGUUCCUGGCCCUGAGGACCCUGGUCCUGGUUCUAUUUUACCAAGACCUCCCCUGGCUGAAAAUAUUACUGAGGAAUUCAGACAGCUGGUGCCAUUUUCAGUUUUCACCACAAAUCCGUGCAGGAUGCAAUAUUGCACCCAAGAAAUUAUUAUCUUCCGUGAAGAUUUGGUAAAUAAAAUGUGCAGAAACUGUGUCCGCUUUCCUAGCAGCAACAUGGAUAUUCCCAACCAUUUUGUAAAGACCAUAUUGUCGCAAGGACAUCUGACGCCACUUCCGCUGUACGUUAGCCCUGUGUACUGGGCCUAUGACUACGCCCUGAGGGUAUAUCCCGUGCCAGAUAUGCUCGUCAUCGCGGAUAAAUACGACCCAUUCACUGUCACCAACACUGACUGUCUUUGCAUAAAUCCUGGUUCGUUUCCAAGAAGCGGAUUUUCCUUCAAGGUAUUCUACCCCUCCAACAAGACAGUUGAAGACAGGUAAAUAUAUUCAGUUUCUCGUUUAAAAGGAAGUAUCUUCUUAUUUGCUGACUUUCUAAUUAUCGGGAGGAAGACAGAAAAUCGAUUAUAUAAACAGAGUGAAUGUUCUACAGUUUAACGUAGACUUGUGCUUCAUACCUAGGCAGUGCAAGAAAUCCAGAUACCUAGAACUAAACCAAUAAAUUGAGAAAUUACAGUCAAAUAGCAAUGAUGAGAAGCAUGAUCCAAAAGCAAAAGGAAAGACACUGUACUAUAUGAUUUUCAGUAAUUGAGACCUAAGUGGGAAAGGGAUUCGUUUCUGGAGAUGAUGCUUGCUGCAUAGGUUAGUUACACUUAGGAGCAAUUCUUGGUUCAUUUUGCGAUCAUGUCAAGCCCAGAAGCCACUUCCACGCUUUGAUUUCAUGUAUUUUAAAUCUGUACUUACUCAUUCCAACUGUGGUCUUCCAACGACUGGCAAAAAAGGCCAGCUGCAACACCAAAAGGUAUCAAAGGGCUUAAAGCUGCCAUGGAAAUUUGCCCUUUCGAAAUAAUGGUGGUAGAACCUAACGGGAGAAGUGCAAACUUGCCUUGUCUGCUUCAGUUCUGUGCCCUGCUGCAGAAGCUGGUUUUUUCUCAAACGGGGGCACGUAACACCCCCCACCCUCCCAAGGGAAUUGCUAAUACGUCGACCUUUACUCGAAUAUAGGAAAUGUCAUACUGUGAGAUGCUUUAGGUCUUUAAAUAGUUUAAAAUGUUAUCAAGUCUUUCAUAAAUCAAGAAAUUGAAUAAUAUUUAUCGUGAAGUAGCUUUUUAAACUCAGUAUUGUUUCUGUUUGGUAUUUUCAGCAAGCUUCAGGGGCUCUGAAUUUCUGCGAGACUGCCAAAAGGGAGCAAGCCUUUGUAAAGCCAACUGUAGCACUCGCUUGAGAGGGAUUGAUUUUUAUGGUGUAUUACAAGCUGUUUAUAAUAAACGUGAAAGCCAAAAAUGGAGUAUUUUGUACACAAACUUUUACAGGAAAAGAUACUGGUGUUAGUUUAGAUAAAAUGUAGAGGCGUGGUGAAAAUUAAUUGGCAAAGUAAAAUAAAAGAAGGCAACUGGAGGAAUGAAAUGCAUGUGUCUCAAACAGGAAAUAUAUUUUAAAAAAAAAAGUAAAAGCUAGGGAGAACUUGGUCUUUCACCAGGCCGAGUUGAGCAGAUAGCGUCACCUACAGCAGAUACUGGACAUGUGGGCUGGGGUUUUUCUUUGGGUGGGAAUGGUCUAGAGAAGAUUUGUGAGGUGUUACUUAUGGCAGUAUAUAAUCUGUUAGCAGAUAGCGUUACGCAGACAGGGCGAGGGGAGGUAAGAGGACCAAGGACACGAUCCUGUGAAACUCCUGCAGAAAGCAGGGAGGAGGAAAUCUUCCUGAAGGAGCAAGUGGGAAGGUGGGAAAGAGCCAGGGCCCGGCAGCGCUAACUUUGGCUGGGCUUACAGAAGAGAGCAGCCUGGCAGCACGUGGACCCGGACCCUUUGCAAUGCUGCAGCCACUCGCACCGAGACCAGGGGAGCAGACUGGUGCCACCCCGAAGCGCCCAGAUCGGGUGUAGAACAGACAGGGGCCCCUCAGCACCAGCCGUUCUCUUUCACAGACUCCAUCCUGCUGCGCUGGCGUCGACGUGAGCGUGGCUGAGGGGGCAGGAGCAGGGGGAGCACAGCGGGGUACAGGCUCUGGAGGGGCCACUGGGGUGUGGGUGGAAGCUGGAUACAAGAGGCAGGAGCUGAACUGCUGAGGGUCUAAACCCAAACCGCAGGAGAGACUGUGCCAGCCUGGAGACUCAGGAGAGGAGGGGGAGCGUGAGCCACCCCUGUGGGGGACGGGGGGGGGGGCUGAGAGCCAGCACGAAGCCACUGAGGAGAAAGGAAGGGAGAGGCUCGGCGAGGCCGGGAGGGCUGGCUCGG